AAUUGCAGAGCCUUGAAUAUGCAUCCAGGCAGCGGGAUGGAAAAGGCUGGCACUUUUUGAAGAUCCAAGCCAAACAUGGAGGCUGCGGAGGACACGCGAGGAUGGAGUGUUUUAGUCGCGGUGAUGCUGUUUGCGGUGUUGAGCCACACGAGCGCUGCCAGAGACCGAGAAGCCCCUCGGCUGACCUCGGGGUCCUCACACCAGCACCAUCGCCUGAAGAGAGGCUGGAUCUGGAAACAGUUGUUCGUCCCGGAGGAAGAUCCCACUCCCCGUGUCAUCGGCCAGCUCAAAUCCGACUAUGACCGCGGGGAGUCCGCCAUCCAGUACAUCCUGUCAGGGGAGGGCGCGGGAGAUGCGUUCGCCAUCGACGAGUACUCCGGGGAGAUUCGAACGCUGAAGAAGCUGGACCGCGAGGAAAAGGCCUUCUAUGUCCUCCAGGCGCAGGCCAUCAACAGGCGCUCCAAAGAACCUGAGGAGCCCCAAUCGGAGUUCAUCAUCAAGGUGCAGGACAUCAACGACAAUGCCCCCCGGUUCCAGAACGAGCCCUAUGUGUCCAGCAUCCCUGAGAUGUGUCCCACUGGCACCAUGGUGGUCCAGGUGAGCGCCACGGAUGCUGAUGACCCCAUGUUUGGCAACAACGCCAAGCUUAUAUACUCCAUCCUGCAGGGGGAGCCCUACUUCUCCGUGGAGCCAAAGACAGGGAUCAUCAUGACCUCCUGGCCCAACAUGGACCGCGAGGCCAAGGAAAAGUACCUGGUGGUGGUCCAGGUGAAGGACAUGCUGGGCCUCAGCGGCGGCUUCUCGUCAUCCACCACCGUCACCGUCAGCCUGAGCGACGUCAACGACAACGGGCCGAUGUUCCAGCACCAUUUGUACACCUUCGCCAUUCCAGAAGACGCCACAGUGGGCACAACGGUGGGCAGGGUUACGGCGGAGGACGCUGACGUCGGCGCCAACGCCAGAAUGAACUACAGCCUGGUGGACGACCUGGAGGAGAGCGCCACCUUCACCAUCCAAACCGACCCGGCCACUCAGGCGGGAGUGGUGGUGCUCGCCAAGCCGUUGGACUACGAGUCCAAGAGGCGCUACGUGAUGGCAGCAGAGGUGGUCAAUGAGCAGGUGGACACCGUCUUCCUGCCCUUGGACGAGUUCACGGACAGGACCACGCUAAAGAUCGUGGUGCAAGACGUCAACGAGCCGCCCGUCUUCCUCUCGCCGUCGUACGAAUGGAUGGUGACCGAGAACGCCGCCGUGGGGAGCGCCGUGGGAGUCGUCAGCGCCCGGGACACCGACACCGCCGACGAUCCCAUCAGAUAUUCCAUAGACAAAAGUAGCGACACCGCAAAGACAUUCCGAAUGGACCCUCUCAAUGGAACCAUCACCAUCGCCAAGACUUUGGACCGCGAGACGGCAACCUGGCACAAUCUGACCGUCAUCGCCAAGGAAGCCAAGCACCAUCGUUUGUCCUCCACGGUUGUGGCAUCCAUCAAGGUGCUGGACGUCAACGACAAUGCGCCGCGGCUGGCCGGCCUCUAUCAGCCCUAUAUCUGUGAGGGGACGCAGGCGGGGGAGCUCAUCCAGCUGCUCAGCGCCGUGGACCCGGACGAGCCCCCCGAGGGUCACCACUUCUACUUCUCCAUGGUUCCAGACAUGCACAUCAAUCCCAACUUUACCAUUCGUGAUAACCAAGACAACACGGCCGGCAUCGUGGCACGCAGGAGCACCUUCACCCGCAAGGACCGCAGCCGCUAUCUCCUCCCCGUGGUGGUGUCGGACGGCGGCUCGCCUUCGCUGUCCAGCACCGCCACGCUGACAAUCAGCGUGUGCAGCUGCCAGCCCGGCGGCCACUGCCCCUCCAGUGGUGUGGAGGCCCUCGCCCUGUCUAUGGGGGUCAGCCUGCAGACCUUUGUGGGGCUUCUGGUGUGCUCGGUCCUUGUCACAGCCCUGUUGCUCCUGAUGCUGCUGCUGAGGCGACACAGGCGCCAACACAAGGCCGGCCACAAGAACGCGAGCGAGCUAGAGCUGCCCGACACCGUGUCCCAGAAGGUGCUCUACUACGGGGAGGCCAGGGGACGCGUGCCCGUGCCCCCCUGCCAGCAGCGCGCCGCCGUUCCGCUGCGUCCACACCAUAGGAAGGGAGACAGGAGGCUGGUGAUGGAGGAGAUGCGGGCCAGCAUCAGGAUGUCCCUCAGGCAGUCUCACCUCAUCGGGCCCGAGGACGAGGUCUUCAGGCAGUUCAUCCUGGACCGCCUGGAAGAGGCUGAUGAGGACCCCUACGCGCCCCCCUUUGACUGCCUGAGGACUUACAUGUACGAGGGCUCCGGGUCUUCCGCUGGUUCCCUCAGCUCACUGGAAUCUUGGACCCAGGAGGGGCCUGCCUCCAGUCCGAGACCUUACCGGGCCAGACUGUCCCCCUGGUAUGGCGGCGGGGACGAGGACACCUUUUUUUAAAAAUCAAUACACCUUGUUACCAUGGAAACUGCAGCUCAAGGUAGGAAAACCAAAUGUACUUUGCAGACAGCCUUUGACUCCGGCUCCCUCGUGCAUUCAAAAUCAGUAGGAUUCUUGCAUCCUAGCAUAAAAGGCCAGACAAAUAAUAAUAUUGCACUGAAGAUACAGUAUUAUUAUUUUUUUAAAUGUAUUGUUUCACCGCAUUGGUUUUUGAUCUAUAUGCUUUAAUAUGUUGGAUAUUAUAAGACUUUCCAUCAUACUUGCCAACCUUGAGACCUCCGAUUUCGGGAGGGUGGGGGGUGGAG